AUGUCGACCAAGCGAACCCGUGAUGAGCCAGAGGCUUCGAGUGCGGAACUACCUGCCAAGAAGGCCAAGCACGGCUUCAGGGUCGGGCCAGAGAACCUGCCCGAUGGGCCCUGGCGUAGGAAAGUCGACAGGGUCAAGAAGGACCUGAUUGAAAAAGUAAAGGUCAAGAAGAAGUACGCCAAGAUCAAGGCGCAGCACCAACUCCUCACCGAGGAACAGCACAAGUCCGCCCCGCCGCCGCCACCCCCGACAACCGAGCUCGGGGCCGAGUCGCAGGGCGGGCCCGACGCCGGGGGAGGCGCGGCGACGGUGACGGCGACGAACGACGCCGACCAGGCGCAGGAGGAGCUUGAAAUCCACCCAGAGCGACAGGCCAUGCUGGACGGCAGCGGCGGUGCCGGUGCCGGUGCCGGCGACGACGCCGGUGCGGGCGCCUCCGCCAGCGCGGUCCCCAACGACGCGGGUCUUGGUGCGAACGCGAGGCCCCUGGGCCCGCGCGAGCCGCGCAAGCGGGGGAACCCGCGCCGGCGGCCCGGCGGCGGCUAUGAGAAGGAGCUGGCGGAGGCGGCGCGGAAGAGGGAGGAGGCCGAGGAGCGGGCGGCGGAGCGGGCGCGGCGGGAGCAGGAGCGGGUCCGCAGGGUCGCCGAGCGGGAACGGCAUCGCAGGGUGAUGGCCAAGGCCAGGGUCCCGGGGAGGAACGGGCAGCGGAGGUUGGGGCGGGAGAGCGUCGUACUGUUGGAUAAGGUGAAGAGGUUGGUUGGAGGGCCGAGUUAG